GCGUGUGCGUGUGUGUGUCGCGGGCCGUGUGACGAAUGCAAUCUGCUUCCGGCGCGCGGUCUACGGUUUGCUGCCAGUGCCGCGGUGCAACGAUGUGAAAAGUGUACGCUCAGCCUUCCUCUCUCUCUCUCUCUCUCGCUCGUCCGAACAGCAGAGGGUGUGCGGAAAAGUGCGUGCGUCACAUAGUGCCAGUGGAGAACACCGUGUGUGUGUGUGUGCGCCUCUGUGUUUCGGGUUGUUUCGGUCCCUUCGGUGGCUGUGUUUAGUUUAGUAGCAGCAACAGCAACAACAGCCAAGGCAACAACAACAGCGAGGCCUUUUGUUUCGGAUGGUGUUGUCGAACGCGCAUACAUGUGUGUAUGCGUGCGUGCAUGUGUGUGCGGUGUGCGUGUACGUGUGUGUGUGUGUGUGCGCGCGUGAUGAGAUUUAAAGAUGGCGGCAUCGAAUAACAGGCGGAGAGAAAGCACUUUAUCAAAGUUAUCAUGCGCCCGGUGCUGUGGCGAUUUCUUCGGCUACCUGCUGCGGCUACGGGUCAGCCCGGAGGAGCUCGAGCAGCGCUAUAAAUCGCGCGAGAUCGACAAAAUUCUCGAGAAAGAUAAACAUGCGUUCCGGCGACAGGUUAAACUACUGUUGCUGGGCGCGGGCGAAUCCGGCAAAUCGACGUUUCUCAAGCAGAUGCGAAUCAUUCACGGGAUCAACUUUGAGCCCGAACUAAUUAAAGAAUACCAACAUGUGAUCUACCAAAACAUAGUCAAAGGCAUGCAAGUGUUGUGUGACGCUAGAGAUAAGCUAGAUAUACCCUGGGAGCACCCGACAUCGCAGCUGGCCGCGAACGAAGCGGUAAUGUUUCACAGCGGCUGCCUGCUGGACGCCGAACAGUUCCACCAGUACGUUCCGCUCAUCAACAUCCUGUGGACGGAUGGCGCCAUCCGGAAGGCGUACGAUCGACGAAGGGAGUUCCAAAUUAGUGAUUCUGUUAGUUAUUUCCUAGAUGAAUUAGACCGAAUAUCGAGGUUAGAUUACAAGCCCACCCAUCGUGAUAUUUUGCACUGUCGCAAAGCAACUAAAGGUGUAUUUGAGUUUACGAUAAGGAUACAGAACAUUCCAUUUGUGUUCGUUGACGUCGGAGGACAGAGGACACAGCGCCAAAAAUGGACCAAAUGUUUCGACUGCUCCGUCACGUCGAUCCUGUUUCUCGUAUCGACCUCCGAGUUCGAUCAGGUGUUGGCGGAGGAUAGAAAAACGAACCGUCUGGAAGAGUCGCGCAACAUCUUCGACACGAUCGUGAACAAUACCACGUUCGAGGGUAUUUCGAUCAUCCUGUUCCUCAACAAGACGGAUCUGCUGCAGCAGAAGGUGAAAAACCCGGAGACGGACAUCCGCUGGUACUAUCCGCAGUUCACCGGCAACCCGCACUCGAUCCUGGACGUGCAGAACUUCAUCCUGCAGAUGUUUAUGAACGUGCGGAAAAACACCAAAACGCCCAUCUACCAUCACUUCACCAAUGCGGUCGACACGCAGAACAUUCAGGUCGUGUUCAGCUCGGUGAAGGACACGAUCCUGCACCGCAACCUGUCCGCGCUGAUGCUGCAGUAGUAGCGCACGGAUCGGUCGUGUAGUUUUGUUUAGUGAUUAGGUUAGCAGCACAAACUGGAAACUCUUUUUUGGGGCUUUCUGCUCGGGUUUAGUUUUUGUUUUUCCCCCGUUUUUUUUUCUCUACCUUUUUCUCGUUUCAUCACACUUUCGUUUGCCAUAAGGAACGAAACGCAAAUGCAUCGGAAUGUACAUUAUUACGUUGUUAGGUCCUUUCUCGGGCGAGAAGAGCGAAGGGACAGCCUGAAAGCGGGGCUCUUUUGCUAAUUUGCGCGGAGAACUUGUAGAUAUAUCGGAUAGUGUAAGCGUACGCUCUCGAUUCAGGGGUUUCUUUGCUUAGCUCGUUUUGUGGCUCUGUUGUGAAGGGAAAAUUCCGUUCCCGUUUAUCCGGGUUUUCCCCCCUCGUUUGAUUUCGCCUCUCUCAAACCAAACGUGUAUCUCCACUGUCAAAGGGAUAUGUGUGGCCGGUUUUUCUUUUUGUACUGGGUACAGUUUUCCACCCGAAUGUGCACCGUGAGUGUGUGCGUGUGUGCGUGACGACUGCUCAAUGGAAGAAUGAAUGGUUUGAAAUAUUAUAACCUUAAUUACAGUAAUGAACUUGAUUUCGUGAACUAUUCGCUUUUCUGCGGUCGUUGCUCCAUUCCAGGGCAAACCAAGCAGUCCUACACUGCCCUCCCUCCUCCCCCCGGAAUUAGCAUUGUAAUCGAACUGUUCGACACGACACGGAAAGGGGCGGGAAAGCGUUUACUCUUCUUUGUAAUUGUUUAUUAGCGCCUUAUGAACAAAGUUCUUGAAGAAUAGAAAUAGAAGUAAA